AUGGCUACCUCCGGCCUGAACCCUUUCAUCGAGAUCGAGAGCUCGCCUCAAAUCACUAGUCCUCUGCCCGCGGCACACAGAAACGAGCAAGGCACUACCCAGGCAUCAGCGGGCUAUGAGCUGGAUGAGAUCCAGCCAGCCAAAGACUCAACUCGGGUGACCUCAAAGUCUGCGGCACUGUCAUCCGCAUGUCCUCCUUCGCCUUCGCCAAGUGAGUUGGAGAGGCGUCUUUCGACGCCUGAAGCCGCAGACGAGGCCUCUACAUGGGCUGUAGACCGAACUGCCACUUCGUGGAAAACGAAAUGGCGCAUGCUAAGCAUUUGUCUGAUAAGCCUUGGGAGUGGGAUGAAUGACAGCGCACCGGGUGCCCUGAUUCCCUACAUAGAAAAGCACUAUAGCAUUGGAUAUGCUGUUGUGUCCUUGAUCUUCGUGACCAAUGCAUUGGCUUUCAUCCUCGCGGCUCCUCUCACCCAUUCAAUCGAGCAUAUGCUUGGUCGUUCCAGAAGCUAUGCCCUCGCCUUGUCUGUUCAGGCAGUCGGCUACGUUGUCAUCAUUUGCCAACCGCCAUUCCCGGCUGUUGUUGCCAGUUUCUUCCUCCUUGGAUUUGGGCUGGCUCUCAGUCUUGCUUUAAGCAACGUAUACUGUGCCAACCUUGCAAAUUAUACGACAGCUUUGGGCUGCUCUCAUGGCUUCUAUGGUAUUGGUGGUAUCAUUGCCCCGCUCUUUGCGACGGCUAUGGUAUCAGAUGGAAUAAGGUGGUCGUUCUUCUACAUCAUCACGCUGGCUGUGGCAAUCUUCAACUUGGGGUUCUCCGCGUGGGCUUUCUAUAAUUUCGAGAAUGAGUCCCCCAACGAGCCACCAAUGGCCCCAAGGCCAACUGCCGUCCAACUCAACGAUGGAGCACCUAUUUCGCGAACUCAGGUUCUCAAGAAUACCGUUCGCAAUCGCACUACCCUCCUAGGUGCUCUUUUCAUCUUUGCCUAUCAAGGCGCCGAGGUCUCCAUAUCAGGCUGGGUGGUCUCGUUCCUCAUCAAUUAUCGACACGGCGACCCAUCGCAAGUCGGAUACGUGAGCGCCGGUUUCUGGGCUGGAAUUACCGUCGGUCGCUUCCUUCUGACCCAUCCAGCUUCUAAGAUCGGUGAGAAGAUUGCUGUUUCAGGCAUGAUAGCAGGCGCUGUUGCCUUCCAGUUGCUCACCUGGCUGAUUCCAAAUGUCAUCGGAGAAGCCGUCACGGUCUCUAUCCUGGGCCUGCUGCUGGGCGCUGUUUACCCAUGUGCCACAUCUGUUUUCGCCAGGCUUAUUCCGCGUAGCAUGCAGAUCUCUAGUCUGAGCUUCAUUAGUGCUCUUGGUAGCAGUGGCGGUGCUGUUUCGCCCUUUUUUACUGGUAUACUGGCUCAGAAAGUUGGCACAAUGGUCCUGCAUCCGAUUUGCAUUGGGCUCUAUGGCGUUAUGGCUAUUAGCUGGCUCCUGUUGCCGAAAGUAAUCAAGAGGACUGAAUAG